AGCGGGUGGCCACCGACUCAGGCGAGUCGCAGGAUGGAGGACAGCGUGUAUCGGACCCGCUCCCUGGGGGUGGCGGCUGAGGGGCUCCCGGACCAGUACGCCGACGGCGAGGCGGCGCGCGUGUGGCAGCUCUACAUCGGGGACACCAGCAGCCGCACCGCGGAGUACAAGGCCUGGCUGCUGGGGCUGCUGCGCCAGCACAGCUGCCAGCGGGUGCUCGACGUGGCCUGUGGUACCGGGGUGGACUCCAUCAUGCUCGUGGAAGAGGGUUUCAGCGUGACGAGUGUGGAUGCCAGUGACAAGAUGCUGAAGUAUGCGCUUAAGGAGCGCUGGAACCGGCGGCAUGAGCCCGCCUUUGACAAGUGGGUCAUUGAAGAAGCCAACUGGAUGACUCUGGACAAAGAUGUGCCCCAGCCACCAGGGGGUGGCUUUGAUGCUGUCAUUUGCCUCGGAAACAGUUUUGCCCAUUUGCCAGACAGCAAAGGGGACCAGAGUGAGCACCGGCUGGCACUGAAGAACAUUGCAAGCAUGGUGCGACCUGGGGGCCUGCUGGUCAUCGAUCAUCGCAACUACGACCACAUCCUCAGCACAGGCUGUGCACCCCCAGGGAAGAACAUCUACUAUAAGAGUGACUUGACCAAGGACAUCACAACAUCAGUGCUGACAGUGAACAACAAGGCCCACAUGGUAACGCUGGAUUACACGGUGCAGGUGCCUGGAGCUGGCCAGGGUGGAUCUCCUGGCUUGAGUAAGUUCCGGCUCUCCUACUAUCCGCACUGUCUGGCAUCCUUCACGGAGCUGCUCCGAGCAGCCUUCGGAGGCCAGUGCCAGCACAGUGUCCUGGGUGACUUCAAGCCUUACAAGCCGGACCAGGCCCAAGUUCCCUGCUAUUUCAUCCACGUGCUCAAGAGGACGGGCUGAGGGCACCCACGCCCCUCUACACAGGCACUGCCAGGCCCUGUCCGGGGAAGUGGGCAUCUGCCCAGUACCACCUGGUGUGGUCCCACCCCAAACCCAGCCCCCAGAGCAGAUCCUGGGGUUGCUGGGAAGGGCUGGCAG